AUGAUGGGUGGCCCUCCAAUGUCAAUGUCUCAACUCUAUGCAACAUCUGCAACAACAUCAACACCUCUUGGGUCACAGUAUCAACCACAACAACAACAACAACAACAACAACCACUUCAGUUACCUCAACCCAUUCAAUACAUUGGACAGCAGCAGCAACAAUCACCUAUACAACAGACCACAAGAUACCUAUAUACAACUACACCAUCGCCACCACACAUCAGCUCACCAAUGUCACAGUUUGGUGCCAGCGGCAUCUCACCACUAUCAGUCAACGAACCAUCCAACUACUAUACCGAGACCUCAUUGGUCCCAAUGCCGUCUCAACAACAACAACAACAAGAUAUUCACUCUACUUCAAUGAUGAUACCAUCAUCCAUCGUACGACAACAACAGCCACUACAACAACAACAUCAACAACAGGUAUCCACCACCACUGUAACCAACAACAUCAACACUUUCUCAAAGGAUGUCGAGAUGCAGCUCAUCUUUAAAAACUCUGUUGGCAUACUGGAUGAGGUGAUUGCAAACGUUGACCUGUUGCAGGACCCAACCAAGACGUUGGACUCUGCACCCGUCACUGGAUACAACUACUUUGAGACAACGAACCAGGUGUGGAACACCAUGGUCUUGGAGAAGCACGUCCAAUUCCCUCAGGAGGUCACUCAACGUUACCUGACGGCCAACACCAAGACAUUGCAGGGUAUCUUCCCAGAGAUUGGACGUGCCUGGAUAUCGAUCGACCAGACACUAUUCCUGUGGGACUACAAAGAUACUGGAGACCUGAUCACCAACCAUCUCUCACAGAUCAUCACUGCCUGCGGACUGGUGACACCACGCAAGAAUGUCUUUAAGGACUGCGUCAGACAUGUACUGGUGGUGGCAACACAUGUGGAGAUCUUCCUGUUUGCACUCGCCUAUGAUGAGGAUGGCAAGUUUGAAUUGAUUACCACACCACUGGUUGUACCAACGGAUUCAGUGAUCAUCAAUGACAUUGUUGGCACUGAUGAUGGUAGGAUAUUUGUUGGUGGUCAAGAUGGUAAUCUCUAUGAGAUUGCCUACAGUGAUGGUUCAGCAUCAUGGUUCAGAAGCAGCAAGAUAUCAAAGAUCAAUCAUACAUCAUCAAUGUGGAGCAUUUGGUCAAGCAAGCGUGCAGAGAUCAUUCAGAUCCAAUACGAUGUCUCUAGAAGGAUGUUGUUCACUCUUGACAAGAGUUCAACUAUACAUAGAUAUACACUGUUGAAGAACAAAGAUCAUGGGCUUAAAGCCGAGCAACCAUUGACACCACUGGUCUCCAAAUCAGAGCCACGUCUAUCAAUCCUCUCCAUUCAUCUCUCUUCACAAAGCGAGUACCAGAUCGUUGCCAUUUGUUCAGAUGGUAUUAGACGAUAUAUUUCUGAUACAACUGGCGCAUCCAGAUACGCACGUAGACCACCUGUACUCGUCCAUCCUCAUUAUUCGUUCUACUGCAAUGGAGUGUACUUUGUGGCGGCAGAGGCCGGUGAGCACAUGGAUAACCUCUAUGGAGUGACACCAUUCUCGAGAAAGAUGAUCAAGAAGCUGUACGAGGUGGACAACCAAGGCUUUGUGACAUCAUCCAAUGAGGACUCGUUGGAGGAGCGACCAAACCUCUUCAAGAUCAAGGGCAGAGUCAAUGUGAUCAAGGAGGACUGUGUCAACACUGGCAAACAACCAACGGUCUUUUACAAGGAGUUCAAGAAUGAGCACACCACAGUGCCUCGACGAUUCCUAUGUCUCAACUCGUUGGGAAUGCAUAUCAUUGCCAAACUACGAUAUGUAGACACCCUACACAAUCUACUUGCCUCUGGAUCAGCAACUGAUAUUGAUGCAUUCUACAAUGAGUUUGGACCAAUCUACUCCAACUCUCUAUGCAUUGCGCUCUACUGUGAGACACCACAAAGCGCACCUAUUCUCGCAGACCAAUUCUAUGGCACAGUUAGUGCACCGAGGUCUGCACCUCUUCGAAUCGCCGAUAUAGCUAUGAGCCAGUUCAAGAGACGUGCUGGCAAGCCCAGCUACUUGCAGGCCAAGACUCUGUUCUCACAGGAUAUGGGCGCCAGUGUGAACAAGUCAGAGAUUGCCUACUCGUACGCACACAAUGCAGUGGUCGCCUAUCUGAGUCGAGUGCUCUCACCUCUCUGGUCCCAUCCAAUGAUUGAUUCCAACUCCUCUCAAUGUCGCUGGUCGGUCAUCCAGCUCAAAAUAUUGCAAUCCCAUCUGGCCAACCUUUUGCUGUUCUUGGAGAACUCGCAAUUGGUUCCAAAGACAUCAGACAAUGAUAUACCCAUCACAAGAAAGCCCAUUAACGAGCAAUCAACCGAUGAUGAUGCUCUAAAGAACGAGAAGAGAAGUCUGCUUGGAAUCAAGAGGUUGGUGGUCAAAUCAAUACAGGUGACCAAUCUAUUCUUGAUCAUGUUGCAGUUCAACUUCCAACAGAUAUUCGAAGGAAUGGAUGGACUCAAGUCUGACGACAGACUGAGGAUUUACCAAUUCAAGUUCAGAGACUACGUCACUGAUCAAACCGAGUUGGCUACAGACCCAACCAAGAAUGUUCCAUCAUUACUUAUCGCCUCAUGCAUGAAGCUGCUCAACUCACUCAACAUCCAGAUCGAUGGCGUCACUCGACAACUAGAGUACGAGUGUCCAGACCUUUUCAAAAAGAAUGACAAGCUCCUGCUCAUCGCCAAGGACAAGCUAAAGAUAGCCAUACGUGACCGUGGUGUUCACACUGACUCACUUGUCACAGACGCUCUGUUGAUCCUAGACGAGGUGUCCCCCUUCUUUGACCUAGCCGAGAUGAUUGGCUACCUGGUAUCACUGCAAAAGUUUGGCUUCAUUGUACCUUUGGCAUUGACCUUCGCCGGUAGACUCGAUCCAAACAAUGUCACACAGCAGGACCCCUCACAGCAACAGCUGAGCGCCAGCAAGCAAGCAGAGCUGGCUCAAAAGGUGGAGUUGAAGAAGAAGGCAUUGUUCGAGAUGUUCAAUGUUAUCAACCAGAUCGUCAACGACCAGAGUCACUACCCAACCACUGUUAUUGAUCAUCUCAUUGAACAGAUCCUGAAUUGUGACGAUAGAGUUGCACACGAGUUGUUGUAUCAUUGGCUGUUGAGCAAUGGUCUGAAGGGUAGACUAUUCGAGGUCAACUCUACAUUCAUCUCUGACUUUUUGUUGGAGCACGACAUUGAUCUGUGUUGGAAACAUCACGCAAAGAAUGGAGACAAGGAUACAGCUGCAAGGAUAAUCAUUGAACUGGCUGAAAAGUCAAAGCUCAAUGACAAGAUCACCUGCUACACAAACUGCACCUUGUUGAUGAACGAACACAAGGAGAGCGAGGUAUAUCUAUAUGCCAAGAGACAGCUUAUGUUAUGUGGAUUGCAGAAGAAGAUCAUCAACAGUCUUACUGGUAUUCUCAAGAGCAGCAACAACAACAACAAUAACUUGGAUGAGGAGAUUCACAACAAGAUAUCAGUUGCCAUCCAAACACUGGACGACAACGCCUUUGAUCUGACAACUUUGUUCAAAGACUAUGCCAGACCAUAUUUCUUACACGAGGAGAUGUUGUACAUUGUUCACUAUGGCAACCAUGAUGACCAACAGUUUGUCAAGAACAUUUGGAAGAUCAUAAUCGAGAAUGAGGCAAACCAGGAGUUAUACAGAGACGUCAAUCAGAUGCUUGAGGCGCUCAGGAACAAGAUUGUUAACAUUGGCUACGACCUUCAUCCAAAGGACUCUACAUUCCCCGUGCAGUCAAUCAUCAACAUUGCAGAAAAGACUGCAUUCCUAUAUGGCAAACAGACUGGCACUACGAUCGACAACCCGAUAUGGUUGGCCAAGGCAUUGCAUAACCAGGUCAAAAUCGACUAUUUCACGUUGUUGGACCAAUACAAGGCGAUCAUCGAGGAGCAAGACACCAGUAUCGAGUCGAAUGAAGUCACAUGGCGUCAGGGCGAGGAGCAGGACCAUCUCAUCCUGAUAUUUGUGGCACUGAUCGAGUCAAUACUCCGAGAGCCUCUCAACUCUAUGGACAGACACAUCAUCUCGUCCAAGCGUAUCACCUACACACUCAAGAUGCUCAAGGAAAGGCUCAGCCAGUCGGCAAAAGACACAUCCAGUCGAAUUGAUCAACAGAUUGAUAAGGUGAAUGGUCUUCAUCGUUCAGUUCACAUGUAA